AUGGGAAUCACGGUCGACAUAGCGACAACGACGUCGUCCGGCGGCGGUACCUCCUUCGUCCAGUCUUCCGGGUCUCACCUGUUCCAGAUCGACGGCUACUCAAUCGCCAAGCACGCGCCCAUCCGCACCAGCUUAAAAUCAUGCCCUUUCACGGUGGGAGGUUUCCCCUGGAUGAUCCAGCUCUUCCCCAACGGCGAUGGUCUGCGAGGCGCUGGCUUCAUCUCAGUCUUCAUCGGCCUCUACGACUACGACAAAGGGGGGCGCGUGAGCCUGCAGGUCGAGUUCAGCUUUAUCGAUGAGGUCGACAAGCAGAACACCGAGCACCUCCGAACGAGGCAGGUGGUCGAACUAUAUGGCAACUACGGCGUGGGCUACCGCAGGUUCAUUGCGAGGGAGGCGUUGGAGAAGUCGAAGCAUCUCAAGGGCGAUCGCUUCACCAUCAGGUGCGACUUUAUAAUCACGGCGUUCGUCUGUAUCCCGGAGAACGGGCCCCGCGACAGAUCCAGGAAGUGUGGGUCUUGCAACCUCCGGCCGGUGAGGGUGAGGGGGAUGCUGCUCCUCCACGCGUGUUUCUGCGACGCCUGCGACGACGCUAGCCGCGACGACCCGACAGCGAGGCAGUGCGCAGGGUGCCAUGGACCCUAUGAAGGCAGGAUCCUGCUACUAUAG